GCGGUUCCUCUACACUCUAUAUCGUACACAUCGCCUCCGCAAGCAAGAGUGAGUGGAGGAUCGCAGAAUCUGCUCACACUCGUCAGAGCUCGCCAGUAUGAACGAUGUUCACCUCAUACAUCCCACUGUGAGAGCUCCUUCUCCUCGAAGCGAAACGCAAAAAGGUUCUGUACAAACUGUGGAUGCGGGUCUUCAAGGCGAUUCAAUCAAGCAUCAAUUGGCCGCAUUGGAGACGAGACUUUUGACCUCCGGGCACAAUCACACGGAGAUCUUUACGGCGUUCGCUCAAUUCCUUGCUGAACGUAUCUCCCACGGCCAUUCGAAACCUGCUCUCGAAAAAGCUGCUGAGCUUCAUCAAGUCACCAGUCUCAACCAUGGCGGUCCCGGCCUCGCGUCUCGAUCCGUGCAUGAUCAGGGUUCUCUCUCCACCGUUGGCGAGUUGGAUAACCAGGGAACGCCAGAAGAACCCCUCGCCCACAAUCUCGAGUCGGUUUCCUCGGAGCAAAGAGUUCGACAAUUCACGAGGAUCAGAGCAGAGGCCGAAGUAGAGCUUGAGGCCAUCAAGACGGCGCGUGCGUCUUUGAAUACGGCUGUCGAUGCUCAACAGGACAAGUCGCCUGUCGAAGGAUCGUCAACGGAACCCAAUCUCCAAGAUCUUUACGUGGAACCUCCUCCGCUCAUGGACAUUGGGGACACCACUGAGACUUUGGCAAGGUCUGAUGAUUGUCACAAGCCUGCGGAUCGUUUGUUCCAGUGGAAAAGUACGAGGGGGAAUGGGUACCGAAGUACAUGCGAAGAUAUGUUGAAGACAAGGCCGAUCAGAUCAACAUCGGUUCGAGACCUACCGAGCCGGUCAUCAUAG